UGCCGGAUUCACAGAUCCGUACAAAACACUACGAACUCGUUUCACAUCUAUAAUGCAGUGACUCUAUGCUGAUAUCGCUUAAACGGGUUGCGUUGCGAUAUCCUCUGCCACUCUUUCACGGAUUUCUCGGCGUGCGUCGGCAUAGCAGUGGCGAGAUCCGCGAGAGUCGUCUAACACAGUAUUGUAAACGCGAGUGGUCAGAAUGUUGUCUUGGGUGCAGGAGACGAUGAAAAUGAAUCCGUUCGCGUCGCCUUUCACGACCGCCAAAUGUCAGGGCCUAGAGGACAGAGGUGCUCGGCCACUCAUACCGCACCGGAACAUUGCGGCCGCUUCCAUCGAAGAAGGUGACAGUUGCGAGUUUGGAUCCAACCACUACUUCCUGCUAUGCGGUCUCGGUGGCAUUUUGUCAUGCGGCAUCACUCACACCAUGAUCACUCCCUUAGAUUUAGUCAAAUGUCGAAUCCAAGUGGACUCGAAGAAAUAUAGAUCAGUGUUCCAUGGAUUUCGUAUUACACACGCCGAAGAUGGUACCCGCGGAUUGGUAAGAGGUUGGGCACCCACCUUCCUUGGCUAUUCCGUUCAAGGAAUGUUUAAAUUCGGACUCUAUGAAGUUUUCAAAGUUUACUACUCGGCGUUAGCCGGCGAGGAACUGUCUUAUGAAUACAGAACUACUCUAUACUUGAUAUCAUCGGCCUCCGCGGAAUUCUUCGCAGACAUCGGUCUAGCGCCGUUUGAAGCUGCCAAGGUCAGGAUACAAACUAUGCCGGGGUACGCAAACACCCUACGAGAAGCAUUGCCGAAAAUGUACGCGGAUGAGGGUCUGACCGGCUUCUACAAGGGCUUGGUGCCGCUGUGGUUGCGCCAGAUCCCGUACACGAUGAUGAAGUUCGCCUGCUUCGAGCGCACGGUUGAACUCUUGUAUAAAUACGUAGUACCCAAACCUAGAAAUGAAUGCAGUAAAGCUGAACAAUUAGUGGUCACUUUCGCGGCCGGAUACAUCGCCGGUGUGUUCUGCGCCAUCGUGUCUCACCCUGCCGAUUCGGUGGUGUCCAAGUUAAAUCAAGAGAAAGGUGCAUCUGCGGGCGAAGUUCUGAAGAAGCUAGGCUUCGCCGGCGUAUGGAGGGGUCUAGGGCCGAGAAUCGUCAUGAUCGGUACGCUCACCGCCGCGCAGUGGUUCAUCUACGACGCCGUAAAGGUCUGGUUGCGUAUGCCCCGUCCGCCACCACCUGAGAUGCCGGAAUCUCUCAAGAAGAAAUACGGUCUUGCGUAAAUGCAAUACGACUCGCCUCAUCAAGUUUGUUUCACCGAUCGGAUUUUUGUCGUUCGGUUCGGUUAGGAAAAAAAAA